CGAACAGAUUGAAUCAAGCUAGUCCCGUUGCACACACACGAGUACACUGAUCAACUAGGGGUCCGUCGUACCUGUCAGUAACUCGUGGCCCUCGUACCUAUAGCAACGAGCAGAUCUGUCCUGUGCUCUCGCUACGAAUACGAGACGCGUGAAAGCUUAUUGACUGACCGAUGUUUCCCUUCCCUCGCAGAUGCACCGAUGGUUGCGUGCAGCGAGCCACAUAGAGAGAGUCAUGUCACAUUAGGGAGUGAACAACACACAGAAAGUGGCGCUGUCCAUCAGCCAGCGAUCGAGAAACUGCACAAUAUACGAUCUUUCAGCCAGAAAGAGAGAGAGAUGUAGCGUACCGACCGCCCCAGGCAAAAGAUGUCUAGUCGCUCCACGCAUCACAUCAGGGUGGGCUGGGGCCAGGCAGGCCAUGGGAGGCAUACAUACGGGAAAACAUGGUUGGGUGGGCCGGCCCGACUAGGGCUCCCCGGAUGGGAUCAAUCACUGCACACUUGACUCAUUCAUUCACGGGAAAUGACACACCCAUCCAUCCAUCGAUCCAUCGAUCCACACGUUGUCUGUGUACUCCAUCAGUCUGUGUAUGCGUCCGCCUUGGAAUGGCAUAAUACGCCUAUCUUACGCCCCCUGGCCCUGCCAUGCACUUAAGGGGAUUAUGUAACCAUCACACUACCGCUGCCUGGCUGUACACUCACCGCCCAUUCACCACCAGUCCCUUCUCAGUCUGUCACUCGCCUCCCGCACCCUCGCAGUGCAGACUACACAAAAGCUACGUAAAAACACCCUCAACCCACAACAUCAGCAUCGGUCAGUGACCGACCGACCCCUUCGCUCCAGCGUCAUCACGCCCUCCCCCAAAGGCGCUACACCCACCCUUGUGCUGUGUCCUUGUCGAGUUCAGCCAGCUCGUACUCCGCAUGCGCAAGGUGCACCUCAGUGAGAGCCAGCGCCGUUUCGCUGCAGCACGGACAAGCAAAUGGGGUCUCUGAGCUUUGUCAUAUCCAUGUAACUUACUGCAUGGUCCGAAGCUUGGGCCGCCGCUCAAAUGCGUCGAACAGGCACGUUGGCGGCCUCCUGUCAGCCUUCAUGAAGUCCAUCAGCUGUUUGAUGCCCUGUUGCGCUGCUCCAAUAAGCGCCUGGUCGUCCUCCAUUCUCUCGUUCAAGCGGCUGAUGCGGGAAAUAAGCUCCUCGCGCUUCUCCUCAUGCGAUGCUGGCAAGGUG